ACGGCUGUUCCUUGCUUUGGUCCCGCUGGUGGCGAUGGCGCCUGGUAUCUGAUGCAUCAGUUUGGUGAUGAGAGGCUUUAUUGUGUCGUCUUUGAUGGUAAGUAUAAGACAUGGUAUUCUGCUGAUCAACCUAAGAAGAGGGAUCCUGUGUGG